CAGAACCCUCAAGUAAUUGAGUUAAAGGAAAAAGGAAAAAAAGCAAUGAGUGAAAAACGCUAUGAAGAUGCCAUCCGCUACUACAAUAAUGCUAUUGCACUCGACCCUGACAAUUACAUUUGUUACAGCAAUCGUUCAGCCGCUUAUGCCCAUCAGGAAGAGUACAACCUGUCCUUGAAAGAUGCAGAAAAAUCAAUUGAACUGAAACCUGACUGGGCAAAGGGGUACUCAAGGAAAGGUGCGGCAUUGGUCUACUUGGAUCGUUUUAAAGAAGCAAAAGAAGCUUACGAGGAAGGAUUGAAGUUAGAUCCACAAAAUAAAGGAAUGAGUGAGGAAUUGGAGAAGUGCAUUCAACGAAUGAAAGAUCCUGCUUUAAGUCAGCCAUUGUCAAACCCAUUUGCCAUGCCUGGAGUAGAUGAUAAAUUAAAAUCAGACCCAAGAACCAGCCAGUACAUGGACGACCCAGAUUACCAAAAACUACUGGGGACACUAAAAAGAGACCCAAAAUCGCUUGGAAGGUAUGCUAUAAUAAAAUAAUCAAAUGUACAAUUC